CUACUAACUACAUCAAUUUUGGUUCUGUCUUUAUUUCCUUUUCUUUUUGUCCCCCUGCAGGUGAAGAAAGAUCAUGUUGCUCCAGUUUACAUCCUCAACCUUCUGAUCUCGGAUCUCAUCCAGCUCUGCAGCAGAAUUCCUCUGAUGUUACAUGAAGGUCCUAAUGUCUCCUUUCUCUUUGCUUUCCGGUUUGGCUUGAUAACCAGUGUUGGAUUCAUGAUGUGUGUUUCCCUGGAAAGGUAUCUGCUGGUUGCCAAGCCGCUGUGGUACAGAUUGAGAAAAAACAUCAAGACAUCUGUGUUGGUCUGCGUUGCAGUCUGGAUCCUCUCUGUUAUUUUUAUCUUGAGCGUUUAUCUUCCCCUGGAACUAAAGACCAGUGGAACCAUAUUGGGUGUGUUUCUCCUCCUCCCUCUUCCCUUGUUCAUCUUCUGCCUGGUUGGGACCAUUAAAGCUCUGUCUGAAACUCGCAGUGUCGCUGCUGAUGAGAAACAUCGAAUCUUUUCAGUCCUGGUUGUGGUGUUGCUUACAUAUAUUCUACUUUUUCUGCCAGUUCUAUUAUGUUUAGUUUUGGAGGAAGUUAAGAAAAAUGUAAUUUUUGAAGCUGUGGCUGCAGUUUGUCAAUGUCUAAAUCCUCUUGCAGACUCAGCUUUGUAUAUUUUUCUGAGGAAAAGUGCAGUUGAUAAGAUUUUAGCUUCACUGUGUUCCUGUAAAAUGUCUGAGAAUCAGAAGAUCAGCAGCAUUGAUGAUGAUAACAUGUCUGCUCUGCACACUACAGCUGUUUAGGUGCCAUAGAUGGAUAAAUAUCUUUACAUCUUACUUUCUCUGACUAUUGUUCU